GUCAUAUGACGUCUGUCCUCGCUGUUACUUUUAGCAUCAUGUCUUUAAUUAGCUAACGCUUGUUUAUUUUUGGGAUUGAAGCUCAAUAAAAAAAAAACACACAAUUUGCAAAUGUUUCUCGACUUAGAUUUUAACACUUUAUAAAGGACAAUCCCAGUCUUUGGAUGGAGUCAUUUUCCAGCAUCUCGCUAUUUUCUAUAAUCAUACAAAGGGUCCUCAGGUUUCAGGAUUCAGGUCAUAGUGCAACAAAGUUGCAGAAGAAUGGUCAAAUAUUUUUGUAGCUCCACAGACAUAAAGAGCACAUGGGACCAUGUUGUCUCUGCCUUUUGGCAGAGAUACCCUAAUCCUUUCAGCACCCAUGUUCUCACUGAGGACGUUGUGUACCGGGAGGUGACCACGGACCACCGGCUCCUCUCCAGACGCCUGCUGAUGAAGACCAAUCGGCUGCCUCGCUGGGCAGAGCGGUUCUUCCCUUCCGGCAUGUCUCGCUACGUCUACAUCCUGGAGGACUCCAUUCUGGACCCGGUCAACAGAAGCUUGACCACCUACACGUGGAACCUAAAUCACACGACUCUCAUGUCUGUGGAGGAGCGUUGUGUUUUCUUAGAUUCAGCAGAGCAGCCAUCAACCACACAGCUAAAACGGGAAGCAUGGAUAUCUUCAAGCAUUUUUGGCUUCUCCAAACCCAUUCAGGAGUUUGGAUUGGCCCGCUUCAAGAGCAACCAGGUGAAGGCCAUGAAGGGGCUGGAAUACGCGCUGUCCAAUCUGCAGGGAGAGGCGCCGCAACGGCUACUCCGGGACUCAGUGAGACCCCCGUCAGAAAAGGCCAAGGAGGCGGCCAAGACUCUGGCUUCAGCUGCCGCCACUCCGCAGAAAUCCCAGCAGUACGUCUGACGGCCGGGAGCGGGAGGCUCAGGGCCUAAGAUGAGGGCUAACUGUGACUGACUUGGUUCUUUUCAUCAUGUGUGUUUUUUUUCUUUCUGUCUCAGUUCUGUUAAAUCUCAGGUGUUUGUAUGAAAGCCGUCUGCCUUUCAGUGCUAGAAAAUGUCAGUCAGCCAGGUGUAAAUAGUGAGUCCAGAUAACUUCACAUUUUAAGUUCUCCCAGUAGAGAGAGACGAUGUUGAUUUUAUUUUUACCUUUUAGAGCUAAUAUAUAGAGCUAAUAUAUGCAUCAGUAAUUUGUGACAUGAUCAUUAGAAAGCAUAAACUGCCUAUGCUGACACUGACGAUCACAACAGACUGGCUCUAUCAGAAUGAGCAACAUUUUCACUGAUUUACUGUAACGUAUUCAGGCUGUAACUGAAUGACUGCUUCUGAGGUGCAAUAAUGAAACUGAAUCAACUUUUAUUUUAAAGCUUGUUCUUAAGAUCAUUCUGAUUUCAGCGACUGCAUUCCUUUCAAGUUUGAAUUUGACUGGAUUUUUAUUUGUUGUCUAAGCCUUGGAUAAAAGAUACAAUAUGACGGAUGUAUUCCUGAUUUUUUUUUUUUUCUGGUCAUUUUAAACAGACAAGCUCUUAUAAAAUAGAAAAAUCUUCAGCACGUCCAACUUCAGAAAGCUCUUUUGUUAAACGAGCUUCAAUAGAACUUAAAAAAAAAAGGUUACAUGAUUGACAGAUGCUUAUUGUUUAUGGGAUCAGCUAACGUCUUUCUGCUGCUGCAGCAAGAAGCUCCACUUUGACCUUUAAAAGUUAAUAUUCCAGACUUCAGCUUCACAGCUGCACAAACCAAACAGGAAGCCCCCUAACAUUUCAGCUCUUUUAUCUGCCUUUUCCUGCUGCUUUGCUCAGCUGCGUGCAUGAAUAAGUCACAGCAACAUGUUUAUGUAUAAAACAUUUUAAUUAUAUUACAAUGAGACAACACACAAUACCUUCAAGUGUUUGCUAAAAUGUAGCCAGCACCAGGUACUCGUGUAGACGCGCUCAUACGCACAAAACCAAAAAAAAAAAAAAGGAACUUAAUAACAUCUUCUGUAUGCAAUUACAUAUCCUCUAUAAAGGAACAUAUUUCACAGGUCUCUGGCACAGAACUCUCCCUCCCCUGCUCAGCACGCUGGUCCCCAACUGUUUCUCCAUAAUCCUCUGUACUAAACCCCCAGCCAGAGAUCCUCCUGCUGAUGCGGCUCUGGAGGGUUCUACCUCUACGUGUGAAGAUGUGAUGAAGGCUGAAAAAGGGCGGAAAGCUGACCUAAAGCCUAAAGGGUACUUAAAGCUAUCCACGUUGUAUUACCAGACACAAAUUCUUAAUUAAUCAUGGAAGGAAUAAAAGUGACCAUUUGUUUGGCAGGAAUAAUAUUUCUAAUGGAAGUCAUUGUGUGGAUUUUAAAAGCAGCAAUAGAUUCUGAUCUCUGUUCAAGGUGUGCUGAUGUUAUUUUCUCUGAGCCUGUUGAUGUUUCCAAGCCUACAUGCUUUGCAGAAAGUGCACUAUACCUACGCUAAUCUCUGAGCAACAGUAACGCAAAAGUAGGCAUGGGCCAGUAAAGAUAUUCUCACGAUAAAAUGUUGAGCAAAAAAAAAAAAUUUACCACGGUGAUAACAGAAAAAUAUAAAACAUCUAAUUGUGUUUGUCUCAAAGCAGCCAGAGCUGCCCAUCGCAUGAGAAAAGUCUCACAGAAAGUCUGUUUCCAACCACCUGACUAGCAGGUGGGGCAGCUAGCAUCGUGUUACUGUGGCUCCAUCUAGCUGAAGAAAAAACUCUGGUCACUCCAGAGCCUUAUUUUGGCAUUUCAUUUAAAGUGCCUUUCAAUUACAGAUGCACUGAUAAAUCAUUAAGACAUUGGAAUCGACCAAUUUCCACCCAAUAUCAAUACUGUUAAAAGGACUUUUAAAAAUCAAUCAUCCAGAGCCUCGGAACUAGCCAUUCAGGAUAGCAUUAGGAUAACAUUUCCUAAUGUUAUUUUGGAUACAGAUCUACAACCUCCACCACUCACAGAUUUUUGUCAGUUUUGUCAGUUUUGCAGUUCUAAAAUGUAUUCAUUUAUUUUUUAUUAAAUUGGGAGGCGAUUCCUGACACCUGGUCAGAAAAAGCCUAAUUGGUGCAUUUCUACUUUAAUCCUACUUUCAGUUUUUUGUGGUUUUGAAAUCUGAACCUUUUAAAGCCUCAAUACCAGCAACUGGCCCAUGCCUACGCAGAAGCCGACAUCAAAACUCAUCUUUGCUUGCAUGUGUUGCUGAUAUAUGUACAUUUAUACAUAUACAUUUAUAUUUAUUCAGCUCAUACAAUCUCUGCUUAGAAAAGGCACAUCUUUACAGGAACCUCCAUACACGCCUUCCCCCUUUUAAACCUUAACCAGAAUGUUGACUAACGUCCGGUCGGCUGCUCAGCAACCACUCAGCAUGACUGUGUGUGCUAUUUUUUUUUUCCCAACGACAGAACUGAAACAUCAUAAUCUCACAUCCGACUCUCAACUCGCCCCAAUCCCUGUUGCGUCUCAUAUAGGAGGUUCUGUGCGAGAGAAUCAUCCCAUGCCUUCAAUAAUAGUAUACUCAGUUGUUCAUUUUGACCAACAUGGAUGCCUUUUUUUUUUGCAACAAAAAAAAGUUUAGUUUUUUGCAACAAACAGUCAUGUACAAAUGCUCUGACAUGAAUGUAAACUGUUUAUGACCACAAAAAAAAAAAAAUUUAACCUGGGGUUGGGUUUCUUCUUUUUUUGUGCCCUCCUGCAGUGUAUGGAGAGAGUGCAGAUAGGAGGUAAAAAAAAAAGAAAAAAAAAAAAAGAGUGUUGGUCACCAUAAAUGCACCACAGAGUAAGAGCAAAAUAAACCACCUGCUUGUCUUUAAAAAUCCCUGCCCUGUCCACCCUCCCUUGUCUGAAAGCACAAGAUGGUCAUAUUGCUGUUAGUCAAGAAGUCCUCCUGAUCGAUGGGUAACACUAGUUUUUUUUUUUCUUUUUCAGUUUGGGUCGGACCACCUGGGAGCUCGGAGGAUAACACCUUAAGCUGCCAUUGAUUGGAUUAUUCUUUUAUCACUCCUCUCCCAGGCGGCUCCCGCAGAACAAACAUUUAGUCAAAAUACAAUAAUUGUAAAAAAAAAAAAAAAAAUUAAAGAA